AUGGAAGAAUUCUUAAUUGAUCACAUGGCUAGGAAACGAGCAUCCAACUGGGGGACUGGACUAACCAGCAAGCACAGCAGAAUCCUCAAUACUCGUGCGCCUAUAACAAGUCCUACAUGUGCAAACUACCCUGCUAAGGGUCUACGAAACGCCCCGUCAAAGGUGCCCAGGUUCCGACAUAUCCAAGUAUCCAAUAAUACCAAGUAUCCAAUCCAAGUAUCCAAGUGUCAGGGAGGUAAGGUGAAGUUCCCUAUUGACUCGAAAACCAUUGACUGA